AAGAGCAGCUGAUUGUUCGAGACGCAGCUCAGUCAUUUAUCCCGGUUGUCUUAAUCCUAGAUUUCUGCAAUGGACCCCGGCGGAUCUUCCAUCACACCGGACUCUGACAUCCCAGAGAACCCGCUGCGCCUCUCUCACUCCUUCGGCUAUGAGAGCGGACGCAGGGCGAACCUGCAGCUGCUGGAUGACAAAACUCUGAUGUUCAUCGCAGGGAACCAGCUCGUCCUGCUCGACGUUUCCACCAAGGAGCAGAGAUACCUGCGCUCCUGCAGCGGAGGAGGAAUCGGCUGCAUCACGGUUCACCCUAGCAAACACUACUUUGUUGUAGCAGAGAAGAGAAACCAGCCCAACAUCAUCAUAUAUAAAUAUCCAUCGUUAAAACUGCACCGGAUCCUCAGAG